GGUCUACCCAAUCAUGUGUUCGGGUUUUAAAUCAAUAUGGUUUGCUCAGAUUAAAAAUGUAUGGGGAGUAAAAGUUAAAGUAGAGUAUUUAAACAUUUAUUUUAUUAAUAUUUUAUUUCAGGAAUGCGGGCAUAGAUUAAUAUACUUCAUGAAAACUCUUAAACCAAGCGAGUAAAAACUGUUUAAUUAUCAUCAAAUUAUGUUUAAAGAGAAAAUUCCAAUGUAUUCCACCCCCUCCUCCCCUUUCUGUAACCUCCAUGUAAAAAAUAUUUGUAUUUGGUUCUGAAGGUUCGUGCUGAGGGUUCGGUGUAUAGGAGAACAGAGAAAGCUUGUGAUACAUCCCGAAUUAUGCCGAUCUUUGAUUCCUGCUGUUUUAAGUUCAGCAAUAAGCACGGAUCAAUUGCUAUCGGGGCCAUUCUUCUAUGUUUUACUGUAAUUUUUGUCGGAGUGAGUGUCGGAUUUAUUGCUGGCUGGGAAAGCUUUGAUACCUCAUUUCUGAUCGAUGCAUCACAAAGAUUGCGGUCACGUUGUGAGGAGGCUGACUAUGUAGGAAACUGUACUAAGAGGGAAUGGAUUGCAACCAGGGUGGAUAAUCUCCAGGAACGUUUGAGUAACCUCAGUUCAACUCUAGAGAGUAUUGGUCCUGUUUGGAAGAAUGAGUUUAUCUCUCUCUACUGUUUUAUUCCAUGGUAUGGUCUUGCUAAUGUUCUCCUCAUUAUUGGAGCCUGGAAAGAUCUAAAGGUACUUCUACUGGUUUGGAUUGUCGCUACAAUUAUCACCCUUAUCUGGGAGUUCGUCCUUCUUGCAAUUCUCUUCAGCUAUGAUACAACUAUCGGAUUCGUCCUGGUUUUGGCCAUCUUGCAACUUUUAAACUUCUGUUUCACGGCAUCUUUUAUCCUUGUUGUCUUCUCCUUAUAUCAGGAGUUGGAUGAGAGAACCUUGAAAUCAGUUCUGUUAGGGAGAGGAGAGAACUAUCUUAACAAAACAGAAGAAGAAGUCAACUAAUCCGGAAUCAAAGAGUAAACAAACAUAAAAGUCGAGUAAACAAACAUAAAAGUCGCGUAAACAAACAUCAAAGUCGAGUAAACAAACAUAAAAGUCGAGUAAACAAAUAUCAUGGUCGAGUAAACAAAUAUCAAAGUCGAGUAAACAAAUAUCAAAUUCGAGUAAACAAAAGUUGAGUUACCAAACAAAAAGCCCUCUGAAUUAACAGCUAACCAGACUAAAUAAUCAGCUUAGCCGACUAAAAAAGCAACAAACCUGGAUCAAUAAACAGAAACGUCUAUUAAAAUCGACAAUAAAGCUGCCUAAAAGGAACUGCAAGAGUAAGUUUAACUGAUCCUUCAAAGUUAGCAAUGCCCGAUUUACAAUGGUCCUGUUGAAACCUCAAUCUGAUCAAAAAU